AUGCUCGCCUCGUCAUCCUCUCUCCUUGUCUUGUUGACCCUCAUUACCUCUUCCCUCACGGGCACUAGGGCGGAGCCAGUCCGUGCAAAACGCCUCCUGUUUCCCCGUCAGAACAGCUCGUUCGGAGGAUGGGGUCUGAGGAUGAUCAACUGCCCCGCGGAAACUCAGAAAUGCACUGGCAAUAGUGGUUGUUGUCCGAAGGAUAUGGUCUGCGUAACGAGCAGUCUUAUGGGAGCGUUGGCUUGCUGUCCUACGAAGGAAUCCUGCGCGGAGGUGAUAAAGACACUCCCCGUCUGUCCGGACCCGAGCUGGACGCUCUGGCAGAACGAGGACCAGGAACCGUUCUGUUGUCUGCCCGGUCAAUUCGGGUAUCAGACCGCACCCGGCACGUUCGGCCCCGGGUCCAGUUGUGCCGACCCCGGGAUGCCGGUUGCGGCGAGUUUGUUAGCUAAGAGUUUGGCCCCCGCUCAAGGCAGCGGUUCAGCAACCGCCACCGGAACCGCCCGCAGCGGCGCAACGACCACGCGAGGCCGCUCACCAGCAACCGCCACCCCAGGCUCUUCGGAAGUGGACUCCGCCGGCGCCGCCAGCGAGACGGGGGGAGGGAACUCGUCACCGUCCACACCAACAGAUUCUAGCAAUACCGCCAAUUCCGGACUAUCCACCGGAGCCAUCGCGGGAAUCGGUGCUGGCGCGGCCAUCGUCGGAAUCGCCUUGAUUGGGGGUGGGAUUUGGUGGGGCUUCAAGAAGGGGCAACAGAAGGGGAGGGAGGGGAAGGUUGUUGUCGAGAACUUUGUGCCUGCACCGGAGUACACUGUUGGUGGGCAUGGUGGUGGCGGUGGAGCUCCGGGCACUAGAGGGGUUAUGGGUGUUGGUGCGCAUGAGAAGCCCGCCGGGAUGACGCAGGCUGCGGAGGUGUAUGGUACGGCUGGGAGGAGGGUAGAGAUGCAGGCUUGA